CAAAGAUGAGCGUGAAAAUAAUUGUUGUUUUCCGCUUUUUCUUUGUACAUUGUUAUUGAAAAAGAAUGCCACCGAUUAGCUUUAUCAACCAUUAGACAAUGGCAAGUUAUCAACAUUUAAAUCUACGUUAGUUUAGGAAAUUAGCAGCCAGUUUGCUAACAGUUAGCUAACUUAACGGAGCAGAUGUUGGGCAGCAUGGCUGAUUGAUUCAUUUCAACAGGUGUCAACGACAAGGUAGCAAAGUCUUCAGGUUUUACAUUCGUUCUGUAUAACUGUUCUGAAAGUAGUUGUAGGCUCAUAUGUUCUUGCUACAUGAGCUAUAGUUAGCCGUAGUGUCCUUUUAAGUGACGUUAGCUAGCUUUUAACGUCAACCAUACGUCAGUAAAACUUUGGUCACACUUGUGUCAUGCUCCUCGGCCGCGUCCUGCUGAGCCUCAGGUCGACGUGUUCAAGAAGUGUUUGUUUCCAGAAGAUAUUUGCCGGUAAUGACCGAUCAGUUCGCAGGCUGAAUCACAAUCAUAUUUAUUUUAGUUACUGUCAUAAUAACAUAAACGCGCUUAAUCCAUCUGCACACCGGAGCAGUCUCAAGGCUGUAGCACUGUCCUGUCUGCAUCAAGUAACCGUGUGUGACAUGCAGCCUGCCAGUAUCUCCUAUGGCAAAGAGACUACUGCUGUUUCAACAAAUGAUGAUGAUGAUGAUGAGGGCGGUGGUGGUCAUGGAGAUGCGGUAGGACAGGAGAGGGGUGUAGACGUUGAGGAGUUACGGAAGAUGAUGAUGGUGACUCCAGACCUGGUGGGUGCUGCCAGCAUGGAGGUCCAACAAGAGGUAACUGACACUGGAGCCUCCACACUGUCAGGAUCAAGUGAAAAAAAGACAAUGAUGAAGAAGAGGAGGGAGAAGAGAAAGCUGAUGAAGAAAAACUGUUUAAUGUCAGAGCUUCCAUUUGCUCUGACCAGCCCUACUGCAUGGAAGGAACUUGGAUUUUCCAGCCAAGAAUCAACCCAGAAGAAGAGAAAGAGGAAGAGAGGAGACAGUGGAGCGCAAGUGGACAGUGAGGAAAGUGCAGACAAGAAGAAAAAAAUGAAAGAGAGCAAACGUCCCAACUACUUUGUCUCCAUCCCUAUCACUAACACACAGAUCAGCUCAGCUGUGACUGAGGUCCAAGAGGCGAUGCUUCAGCAGGAACCCCAAUUGGCCAAAGCCAUGAUCCCUGUCCCAACUCUCCACAUCACGCUAUUAGUCACUCAUCUCGCCAAUCAGGAGCAAGUUGACCUGGCAGCGGCCAUGCUGGCCCAGGUCGAGCCAUCAUUGGCUAAGCUGCUGGGGGGGCAGGAUCUGGUGCUGCCCUUCUCAGGGAUCAGUCAUUUCAGGAAGGAGGUCGUGUUUGUUGGCCUGGUCCCUGGACAACAUAGACACACACUGGACAGCGUGGCAGAGUUGUUGCGCAGCCGCUUUGAGGAGCAGGGUCUAAUGCAAGGAGACAAUCGUGGGUUUGAACCCCACCUCACCAUUAUGAAGUUAUCCAGAGCAUCAAAACUAAGAUCUCAGGGUAUAAAGCGCGUGGACCCAGCCCUUUACUCCAGCUAUACAAACAGAUUUUUCGGAGACCAAACAGUGGAGCGGGUGGAUCUUUGUUCCAUGUUGAAAAAGAAGCAACAAGACGGAUAUUACCAUACAGAGACUUCACUACAGCUUGGUGGGCGUCGUCGCUCUCAGCCCGAUGAGGCGGAGCUCCUGAGGGUCAGCAGGCGAUUGGUCGACGACGCUGUCAAUCGCGCCUUGCAACAAUACAAACAGGAAACACUUCAAAAUGGGGGCGGGCCGAACGCCACAGCAGUGCAGCCCCCUGGAAACACUGAGGAAACUGCAACAAAGACGGACACUACAGCUAACUCCACCACAGACAACAGGAAGUGACAUCAUCGGUCUGAGGCACAGAGACUGAAAAACCAGCCGCCCAGAAAACAUCAGCCAGGCCUGGCUAGAAAAGUCAGUAAGCCCUAGGCUCAAAGCCUGAACCAGCCAACCAGUCAGCCCUGUAUGCUGACUAGCUAACCAAGCUAGCCAAUGCCAACGGCUAGCCAGUCAUGCUAGCUAUCUGCCCCUGAACCUAGCUUGACACAGUGCUAGUUAAAUACAUAAUGUAGCUUGAGAUCAAUGCUAGAUGACCAUCCCAAACAGGCCAGCUAGAUAAGCCUGCUAGUUAACUCAGUAACUCUGAUGUCCGAGGAUCCAUGGACGCGUCCCUCAGCUGUGGGUCUAUGUUUGCACGUCAGACCCAGAAAACAUAUGUGAAGCACUCCUCUAGAGACACAUGUGCACAUGUAGGGUUCACUGUGACCUGUCAUUUACAAACUGCCC